AUGCCUCCUAAAAAUCGGCAGGAGGAGGAAAAGUCAAAGCUGACUCGUAUUGCUGUCGUGAACGUUGACAGAUGCAAACCGUCUAAGUGCAGUCUGGAAUGUAGCAAAUGCUGCCCAGUUAACCUUCAAGGGAAGCUGUGCAUCGAGGUACAGAAGAAGUCUACGGUUUCUAAAAUCUCCGAAGAGCUUUGCAUCGGCUGCGGACUUUGUGUAAAAAAAUGCCCAUACGGGGCUAUCCAAAUCAUUAAUUUGCCGUCAAACCUCGAAAAAGACACCGUGCACCGAUAUGGCCCGAAUAGCUUUAAGCUUCAUCGUCUGCCUCUUCCUCGCCCAGGGCAGGUCCUGGGUCUGGUAGGAGCAAAUGGUACAGGCAAAUCUACGGCCCUGUCUAUUCUAAAGGGAAAGGUGAAACCAAAUCUUGGUCGCUAUCGCAACGAACCAAGCUGGGAAGAAAUUUUGCGCUAUUUCCGUGGGUCUGAACACCAAGCAUACUUCCAGCGUAUGCUAGAAGAGAAGGUGCGCUUUGUUCUAAAGCCACAAUAUGUGGAUCAAGUCCCCAAGGCAACAAAGGGCAUGGUGGGAGAACUACUCGCUAAAGCUGAUGAGCGAGGUUUGAAGGAACAUUUUAUGAAGGUACUCGAUCUGGAGAAGGUUGCAGAUCGAGGCCUUGAGAAGCUCUCUGGUGGGGAGUUGCAGCGCUUUACAAUCGCCGCUCUUUGCGUCCAAAAUGCUACAGUCUACAUGUUUGAUGAGCCUUCCAGUUAUUUGGAUGUGCGUCAGCGGCUUACUGCGGCUCAGGUUAUCCGCUCUUUGCUGAGAGCAGAUAACUUUGUUGUUGUUGUGGAACACGAUCUUUCGGCUGUUGACUACAUGUCUGAUUUUGUGUGUGUCCUGUACGGUGUUCCUGGCAUUUAUGGCGUUGUCACGAUGCCCUACGGUGUUCGGGAAGGUAUCAAUAUCUUCUUAGAUGGAUUUGUUCCAACAGAGAACUUGCGCUUUCGUGAAGAGAGCCUUACUUUCCGCAUUGCCGACGACUUUGACGAGGUUACGAAGCGCAGCACACAGAACACCUAUCCACAUAUGGUCAAAAACUUGGGAGACUUUACCUUGACAGUGGAGCCGGGUUCGUUCUCUGAUUCUGAAAUCAUUGUGCUGCUUGGUGAAAACGGCUGUGGUAAAACAACAUUUAUUCGUAUGCUGGCUGGUCAACAAAAACCAGACAACGGUGCAGAAGUACCGCAGCUUUCUAUCAGUUAUAAGCCACAGAAAAUUGCACCAAAGUUCCAGGGCUCAGUGAAGGAUCUACUACAGACAAAGAUCUACGAUGCCUUCUGCCACCCUCAGUUCCAAACAGAUGUGCUAAAACCCUUGACUAUUGAGGAGCUUCUUGAUCAAGAGGUGCAAAACCUUUCCGGAGGUCAAUUGCAACGUGUUGGCUUGUGUAUUGCUCUGGGCACACCAGCAAACAUUUAUCUGAUCGAUGAGCCGAGCGCCUACCUGGAUUCUGAUCAACGUAUCAUUGCUGCCCGCGUUAUCAAGAGAUUCAUUAUGCACACGAAACGCACUGCCUUUAUUGUGGAGCACGAUUUCAUUAUGGCAACCUAUUUGGCGGAUCGUGUUAUUGUCUACGAAGGCACGCCUGCAGUAAACUGCCGGGCUAACACACCUUGCCGACUUUUGGAUGGUAUGAAUAAAUUUUUAAAAAGCCUAGACAUCACGUUCCGACGCGACCCCACAAACUUCCGUCCACGAAUCAACAAACUUGACUCUGUCAAGGAUCGUGAACAGAAGAGUUCCGGAAACUUCUUCUACAUGAUGGAGACAACAGCACCACCCGUGAAGAAGCCUGAGGGUGCAGCAGGAGACAGCGAUGAUGAAGGGGAAGAGGAAGUGGAAGACACGAAAACAAAAAAGCCAAAGAAGGGAAAGCACUAA